AUGGUCAAACGGUCCUCCCAAGUCAUGGAUGGCGCUGCGGCCUUUCGGAAGCGCCAAAAGCUCAGUCAAGAAGCACCGACAAGCGAAGAUGUCACUUCUGCCGAACAUCUGCUCAGCUUGCUGACCUUUAACCAAAAUAUGCGGAAUGCCAGACAUGGCCUCCAGUCGUUCAAACACUUCCUCGACGGCGUUAUCGCAAACAACGACGACAAGGGCGCCAAGCUGGCUAUUCUGAAGCAGUACUUGGAGAGUGUCAAGCCUCGGGACACCAGUGAGGAUGCGGUUCAUUUUCAUGAUAUCAUGGAGAUGUGGUCCUUUGCAAUCCAGGUGGGCGACGAGGGCGUCAUGUCUGCCGUGGCCGUUGUUCUUGCUCUCCUCCUUCAGGUGAUUUCCGAAUCAUGGCAACUUGUGCCGUACGGCAACGGCCUCUGCCAAACCCUCCUCCAGGAUGCGCAACUCAGAUCAGUCGCGAGGAAUCUAUCGUCAGAGAAAGCCAAGGGCUUCAUAAUCUCUCCUACUUUAAGAUUGUUGCGUGAAGCGGUCUGCUUGGAUGGCGGGGUUUGGGCAAAGAAGAUUGUCCGAGCUAGGGCCUAUACCUUUGCCUCUUUGGGAAGAAACCUCGAAAUUGAUCAAGUGGCAGAAGACGAAAAAAACUCGCGGAAAACGUCGGUCAGAUCUCAUGCAACACGAUUUCUUUUGAGCUGCCUCAAAUAUCUGCACUCCGAAGGCCGGAAGGAACUCGCGUCGCAAAAGGACUUGCUGUCGCAUCUCACUUACAUGAUCAAGAACGACCCCCCCUCUCUUGUUCUGGAGAUCCUGGACUCUCUCAAGUCGCACGUGCUGAUGGACGCCAAGAUUUCCCGCGAAGUCAAGUUCCGAGCGUUUAGCACCAAGGUGCUGAUGCGCCUGUUGUCUCUGUAUACGUACGCCCAUCCCCUGGCCAGUACGGAUGAAAGAGAGCUCGUGUCCGAAACAGCUCACAAGUUCUUGACGUUUGCUUGCACCACACCGGGUGCUGGCAUCCUGUAUCCAUAUCGAGGCUUGUAUCCGAAACAGGCCGACGAAAUCCUCCCAGCCUCGUCUGCGAGGCAUAGGAGAGGUGCCAAGAGUGGUGGCGAUCCGUGGGAGGGUAAAUUCCGAGAUGGUGUUCCUGUUUUCAACUUUGCGCUCUCCGACUUUGCCAGCAAACUUCGCCCGUGGUCCAGUCUGAAGCAUUGUGAGCUUCUAGUUGCCAUCUUGGCCGCCGCGCCAGAGCUCAUUUCAGACUACUUUUCCAAAAAUCUAUCAUUCACUUUUGAGCCCAAACUCUCCAUGACUUGGAUAGGAUAUGCCACCUUCCUCUUCGAAACCAUGAUGAUUCCUAUCCCUCCCUCGUUUGGCGACGCUGCCCGUUACGCAGUCCUACCUCCCCCUACUUGGAUCCUGCUUGACAAUAUCAUCCCGAGGCCGAUUACUCGAAAAGUCCUCGUCCGAUGCCUGUCUUCCCAGUCGAACCUGACCGCCUUUUUCGCCACGAGAAUUCUCGUCGCGGCAUUGGAAAAGUUCUCUGCGGCCGUCCGAUUGCUCGAUGAUCAGGCCAAUGGGAAGAAUCUCCUGUGGGCGGAUGCCAGCCGAAAAGUCAUGGACAUGUUCUGCCAGUGUAUUCCGGAUAUGAAGGACAUUGUGCGGUGCUACAAGGGCGUCCCGGCGGAGAAUGUUCUGCAAAGAACGUUGACGAGCCGCCUCCUGCGCCUGUAUUACGAAGUGAUUCCCCGAGUAGCUCUGGCAGCCAACUUUGACGUCUCCCCUUUCCUGAUCGACGCCCUCCAGCAAACGCGUCAGAACGACGCGGCGGAACGCGAGCGCAGAAACCUGAGCGCCAUGGAAUUGGGAAACUUGGUGUCGAUUGCGAGCUACUCUCCCGGGAUGCGAUGGUUUGCGAGACUCGAGCCCCUCGGCGGCGAUCGUCAGAAGGCGACUUCACCGUUCACUGCUCUGUUGAAGCUUUUAUGUCGGGGCGCGGGGGAUCAACCUCUGGACGAGCUGAAGGCUGUUUUGGGCGAAGUGGCCGCAGAGAGCCAAAUUGUCACGGAUCCCGCAGCACUGAAACCUCUGUUGCAAACGCUGAGUGCGGCGCAGAACACAGUGGGAUCCGGCAAAAUGGCGAGCGUUUGGUCUCUGCUGGACAACUGCGUGAGCCGGUGCGCGACUUCACCCAUCAAAUAUCUGGAUAAGAUGAAGGAGUACUCUCCAGAAUUCGCUUCCCCCGCAGCACCCUGCGGCUUUUCGCUGCUCAGCGUCGUCAUCCUGGAGCAGCUUCCGUACGCGCUCGGUGCUGCUGCCGACAAUCAGGCGAUCCAGCAUCUUGCAGCUUUUACUUCUCUCUACUUCAACGCUGUAGCAAUGUACAGCGGGAACACGGACACGGCGUCACUGUCUGCCCUGCACCGGGAGGCAGAGAAGCAGUUCUCGGGCGCCUCUGCACCGUUGGGCGGUCUCGGGGACAAGAAGCUCGUCAAGCUGCUCAAGAAGCACGACGUGGCGUGGGCCCGCGGCGAGGCGGCCGCGGCCGUCGCGGAUGGCCAGCACAGGACCAAGCGCGUGGUGGAGCAAGGGGCCCUCCGGGACCUGUUGCACACGCCCUUCCCGUCGGCCGAGGACGCCGCAGCGCUGACCAAGUGGGCGUCCAGAAGCGCCGAAGACAUGGUCGAGGAGGGAUGGGCGGCCGGCCUGGUUCGCCUCCUGACGUCGGAGCACACCAACCUGCGCAAGGAGGCGCUGACGGGCAUUCGCAAGAUGGCGGCGGCGGUCAAGGAGUCGCAGUACGAAGAGAAGACGCAGGUUUGGCUCCUCCUGUCCGAGGUGGCCGAGUCGUGCGGAGCGCAGGUAGACGCCGGCCCCGUCCCGUCGGCCCUGACGGCCUUUGCCGUCCACGCCUUGGAGAUCCUCAAGACGCCCCUGCAUCCGCUCUACUCCAAAGUCAACUCGUACCUCACCCGCAGCCCGGUCUGGGGGCUGGACAAGCUACCCCUGGCCCACGACAUUCUCCACGGCGCCCCCUCCGAGGACGACAAGUACUACACCGAGCUCACCUGGCUGCUCAGCUACCUCCUCGACAGCCUCGCGACGCCCCGCGACCUCGACGUGUUCCACAGCAAGCGCUGGUUCGAGAAGAUCCUGGCCCUCGGGAGCAAUCCAUAUCUGCGCAGCGCCCUGCGCACAAGGCUCCUCCGGCUCGUCUACAGGGCCACCUGCAUCCCAGCCGGCAGCACCACCCUCAUCACCAGGUUCGGCAUCCUGAGCUGGCUCGCCUCGCAGCGGUCAGGGUGCGACGGGGACGACGAGGCCGCCGCCCUGUAUGACGCGCUCGCGGUGCGAGCCUGGGAGACGUGCGACCAGGAGCGAGUUGCGGCGUGGAGCAAAGGCGGCGCUCGGCGACUGUUGGAAGCCGUGUCUUGA